UCGGGGCCAGCAGCCACCUCUCCCCCACGGCGCAGCCGUGCGCCCAGCCCGCGGCCCCCGAGGCGGCGACCGCCCUUCGCAGCAGGUGUCCCCGCCCCGGUCGCCUUCGGAGGAGUCCGGGGUAGGACGGCCGCCGAGUCCUCGGAUGAGGCUGUCCAGUUGCAGAAGUCUCGAGAGCCUCCGCGUGAACCCCCAGCCGCCGCUGCUCCAGCGGUGGGUGAGCGACAGCUGGAUCUCGUGCGCCGCGCACCGGGACAGGGACGAGCCCCCGCCACGUGUAGGUGGGAUGGACGGCUGGAGCCGGGACAACCACCGGGCUGCUGCGUCCGCCGCCCUCCUGCCUUCCAUCUGCCAGGACCCGGGCCGGUCCUCGGGACGUCCCUAUAGGAAUCUUGUGGGGACCUCUGCGAUACCCAGCAGCCAAGAGGACCGUCCCGAGGGGCCUCCCCUCAAGCCACCUGCGGUGACAGUCAAGAAGCUGCAGAGGUGGAUGUACAAAGGACGCCUGCUGUCCCUGGGGAUGAAGGGUCGCGCUCGUGGGACAGCACCCAAAGUUCCCGGAGCGCAGGCAACUUCUCCAAAUUUGGGCAGUUGGAAAGUGCACGAAAACCACGUCCUCUCGGUGACUGCGGACCAAAGAAUCGCACUGACAGCAGACUUGUUUGAAAAUGUCUAUGGAUCUCCAUCGAAGAAAAGGGAACCUGAGGAUGUAAAGGGUAACACUGAACUUAGAGGUCAGCAGCCCCUUAACAACAUCACUGUCUCCAAGAAACGCAAUUGGCUGUACCAGAGCACCCUGAGGUCUCAGAGUCUGGAAGAGAGGAAGCGAUGCCAAGAGAGAAGCAAUUUCCCGCUCUCCCCGGUGUCGCCACCCAGACAUGCGCCGUCGCAGCCUUUCUGCAAGUCCCCAAGGGAACACUCCACACAUGCGGCGUGUGAUGCCGCCAGCUCUGCAUUCUCAGGAAGCUGCGCUGUAGACUUCAGUGAGGACAACGAUGCUGACGAUGAGGGGGAGAUAUGGUACAACCCCAUCCCCGAGGAAGACGACCUUGGCGCAGCAGGUGCCUUGAGUCUUGAGGAGGCAAACACUGCCACAGUGAAGCUCCCUGCUCUCCGUGCGAACCUGGUGUCUGCAAGAGACCUGAGGAAGGCCGAGGAGCGGCUGUGUCCUGCCCAGCAUGCAGGUGACGUGCCGAGCACACAGUCAGAUGAAAUUAGCCCUGUAGACUCCAUCCAGUUCACAGAGGUUCCGCAGCAGCGCAGGCAGAGGUUAGGACCCAGGACACAGGAAGGCAUCACGGCAGAGGACAGCCCCGUGCUGAAAUCUGCUUUUACAGGUCCUGGCAUCUUGGUUUCUGCAAAUAGGAGUGAAUUGAGAGCUAUGGAGUCAUCUUCUCCGAGCCCCAGCCCUGCGAAGAAAGGCAGUUCCAUUACUUGGUCUUUGCCAGAUAAAAUAAAAUCUCCACGCACUGUGAGGAAACUGUCCAUGAAGAUGAAAAGGUUGCCAGAAUUCAGCCGGAAGCUGGGUGCCAGGGGACCCUCGCACUAUAUGAACAGUCCAGAGAGUACCCCUUCCAAGUGCAGCUGUCGCCAGCUGCCUCGUGGAGCCCCUCUCCCCUCUGGGAACCCGACCAGGAACGUUAUAAGCCGGUACCAUCUUGAUACCACAGUAUCGUCCCAACACAGCUACCAGAAGAAAGCCACUGGGAGCUCAAAAUAUUCCUGCAAGGGUGGUUACCUUAGCGAUGGAGAUUCACCUGAACUUAGAACUAAAUCGAGCAAGCAUGGAUCCGAGCACAAACUUGGGAAAGGAAGAGAAGCCAUUCCGAGCAGUUGUAGCAAAAACGAUAUAGAUAUAGAUGCCUUUAGACACUACAGCUUUGCCGAUCAGCCCAAGUGCUCACAGUACAUAUCGGGCCUCAUGAGUGUGCACUUCUAUGGAGCAGAGGGGCUAAAGCCACCCCGGAUAGAUUCCAAAGACGUCUUCUGUGCAAUUCAGGUAGACUCGGUGAACAAAGCCAGGACAGCUUUGCUCACUUGUCGGACGACGUUCUUAGACAUGGACCACACUUUCAACAUAGAGAUCGAAAACGCACAGCAUUUGAAGCUGGUGGUGUUCAGCUGGGAGCCCACUCCGAGGAGAAACCGAGUGUGCUGUCACGGCACCAUCGUCCUGCCCACUUUAUUCAGGGUGACAAAGACACACCAGCUGGCGGUCAAACUUGAACCCAGAGGCCUUAUUUAUGUCAAGGUGACCCUCAUGGAACAGUGGGAGAAUUCUCUCCAUGGCCUGGAUAAGAACCGGGAAUCAGUCAUGUUUGGUGUUGACAUUCAGAAGGUUGUGGAGAAAGAAAACGCGGGGUCGAUGGUGCCGCUGCUGAUACAGAAAUGUAUCGUGGAAAUUGAGAAGAGGGGCUGCCAGGUCGUAGGCCUGUACCGAUUGUGUGGCUCAGCAGCUGUCAAGAAAGAGCUUCGGGAAGCUUUCGAGAAGGAUAGCAAAACUGUUGGUCUGUGUGAAAACCAGUACCCAGAUAUAAAUGUAAUAACAGGUGUCCUUAAGGACUAUCUAAGAGAGCUCCCUUCUCCGCUGAUAACGAAGCAGCUGUACGAGGCUCUGUUAGACGCGAUGGUGAAAAGUCCUCUGAAAAUGCCACCAAAUGGCUGUGAGUCCGAGUCCAGUGACUCUGCGUUCACCGUCAGCCUGCUGAAUUGCUUGCCGGAUGUUGAGAAGGCAACCCUAAAGAUGUUGCUAGAUCACCUGAAGUUGGUGGCUUCGUACCACGAAGUGAAUAAGAUGACCUGCCAGAAUCUGGCUGUGUGCUUUGGACCAGUGCUGCUCAAUCAGAGGCAAGAGACUUCGACCCACAACAACAGAGUCUUCACGGAUUCCGAAGAACUCGCCAGCGCUUUGGAUUUUAAAAAACACAUUGAAGUUCUUCAUUACCUCCUUCAGCUCUGGCCAGUGCAACGUUUAACUGUGAAAGAACCCACCGACAGUUUGUACCUGGAGCAGUCAUCUCUGCAUUAUCUGAGGCGAAAGAAAGAGCGACCAUGUGUAUUGAAUCUGAGCAGCGCGGACUUAUCAGGGGUGCUGAGGCCACGGCAGGCCAGGUUGGAUAGUCCACUCAGCAAUCGCUACGCGGGAGACUGGAGCAGCUGUGGGGAAAACUAUGUUCUAAAUAUGAAAGAAAAUCUCAAAGAUUUGGAUUAUGAUGAUGUUCCCUUAGAAGAUGGAGAAAAUACCGAUUACAGCAAAGUGGAUGGAGCAGAGGUCACGCUUGAGCAGCCAGUCCCCAUCUCUAAAUCGUGCACAUUUCAGACGUACUUGACAAUGGAGACGUUUGAGUCUACAGUGCAUCAGAAAGCUAACCUCAGAGAUCUGCAAGAAAGUAUCGAUACCUUGAUUGGCAAUCUGGAACGUGAGCUCAACAAAAACAAGCUGAAUAUGAGUGUCUGAGAUGGGAGGACGGGCAGUUUUAUUUGUGAUGACGUCAUUAGGUGUCAGGUCAAUCCUCAGCUUCCUGUCUUGUUCCUCAUGGUGUCUCUCUGUUUUGUUUUGUUUUGUUUUGUUUUUAAAUGUUGAAACUGCAAGUUAAUUCCUAAUAUGUUCAGGUGAUUCACCGAUAGUCACGAUUCAUUAAUACAGUUACUUUAGUUAUGAACCGUUUUAGGGUAAAGGUAGCUUUGGAGGCAUUUUAAUAAACCUUGCAGGUUGGAUGGAGGAAACCUGGAGGUGUUUAUAAGGGUGGGGGAUGUUAUUACCCCUGCGCGACCUGGGUGCAUUGUGAGAAUUGCUCCUCUGUAGGUGGGGACAGAUGUCCCCUGCAGAGGACACUGCAGCUGGCCCAGCUGAUUUGCAGUCAGAGUCCUUGUGCAAUGUCAUUUGGUCACAUUUCAUUUGCAAUACGAAUGCUGCUAUAAGAAAACUUUUUUAUAAAUGUAAAAUUAUACAGAUAUUAAUGUAUUUUGUAUUAACAUUCAGUAAUUAUUUAAGCUUAUAAAAUUAAAUAUUUUUAUGAUUCUGAGGAUAUGUAUAUAUUUAUAUAAGUGCACUGUAUAUUUAGGCUUUACCUGAGGGAAGGGGUUGACUGUAGAAUUCCAUGUAUUUUAAAAACUAUGUGUCAUGAGGCCAAAUUUAUUAGCUUAAAAAAUGUGUUCUUCAGGGAAAGAUUAUUUAAAUUAAAAGCUAAGUUACAGAAGAACCACUUGAAUAGAAGCACAGCAGACAUGUGUGAGUAGAAAUGGCAGCCCCUAUUCUGCUCCAGGCAUCCCAAGAAAAUUCAAGCUUCCAGCUGAGCCCUUCAGCUGACCGGGCCAAGUGACCUGCACUCGUUACUUAAGGAAACUUCACCUGUUCUGUGCCUUUUUGUUUUCUGUGAGGCUUUAAGUGUUUGUAGCGGUACGCUUAAAACACUGGCUUCAUAAUUGCCCUUGUUUCUAAAGAAGUCAUCUUGCCAGGAUGCUACAUGGUACAGUUUUUUGUUUUUUUUAAAAUUAACUUAUUUUGGCUAAGUACAUCUAUGGGGUGGUUGUUACAGAAAUCACAGUGGUGUUUGAAAAAUGUAAAUUUAGAAGGCUUUUAAAAAUUAGAUUGUAAUGUGUAUAAAGCUUUUAUGCUUACAGAAUGUGUAGUUUUAAAAGUGUGGGCAACUUGAGUUGCCGAGUUUAAAGUGUGAUAACUAUGCAGAAACUGGUUUCUUAAUGUUUUUCUAAAUAUUAAAGUUUUUAAUGUAACAGCCAUUCUUAUGUAAUACACAUAACAUCCAGGUAUUUAAUUUGAAAGCCACUAGUAUAAAGAAAAUAACUAUUUUUAUAUGAGACUUCCAUUUUUUUAAAACCUGUAACAAAUCCCAGAGACUGUAACAGGUGUACGUCAUGAGUAAACAGUGUUUUAAAUGUUUUGUAA